AACAGACUUUAAAUAAAAAAAAAAUAGGUGGUAUGUUGCAUAUAUUCUCUUUUAAAAUCAUCAACUUAAGCGAAAUACACUUAUUUAAGGUGUUUUAUAUUGCAAGAAUAAAUGCUCCCAUAGCAAAACUAAAACGAAAAUGAGAUAAGUUAUCAAGCGAUUGUUUAAGUUUAUCGAGUAAUAAAGUAUCGCUAAUAAAAUAAAAUAGCAUGAAGUUGAAAUUAAUCACAAAGCUAGAAACAAAAAAAAGCAGUUUUUAUCUCAAUUGAAUUAUGGUUUAUUCUGUUGAAUAGUUAAUGAUUUGUCGUGUGUAUGGUCCAACUCAUAGUUUUAGGUGAUUUAAUUCUAAGUUGCAAUCACAUCAGUACAGUGAAUUGUGCAACUCGCCAAAAUUGAAGAAUAGGAAGAAGUGUAAAAUAAAAUAUAUUAAAAAUCACUUAAAACAUAAAUAUCGGGAUUACGAAUCCGGACAAAGUCAGAGGUUUAAGUACGUAAAUGUCUUUUUUGGUGAAAUAACGAACUUGAAUGCAAAAAUGCCGAAUGAUAGAAAUCGUUCUAGUAGAACACGUUCUGGUAGAACACGUUCUGGUAGAAAACGUUUGGCAGCCAAUAUAUCUAAAAAAGAGAUAGAUCAGGAAAAUAAAUUUUCGGAAUAUCGACAAGUAACGGAAGAAACCUGUCCUAAGAGUGAUAGUAAUCCAGAUGGUGCUUCAAAAGCAGGACGAAAUAUUCCGGGCCGAAAUUCCGUAGACAAGUUUUGUGAUUCCUUUCGAGUUGAUUCCGGUAAAACCAAUGAUGUAAUUACGCAACGUGAUCAAAAUAAUGAAUCUGUAGAUAGAUAUGAAAAUCCAUCGGGAAAAACAAGUCUAACUACCAAAAAGAAAGGAAAGAAAACUAAGUGGACAAAAUUAGUUACUUAUGAAACUCUAUUCUGCAACUCUGAAAAUAGUCAACAAAAUUUGAAUCGAAACUUAGAAGGAAAUAACAAGGAUAACAACUUAAGUACAUUGUCCGAAACAACGACUUCAGCUGCAGAACAAGGGAAUGAGUUUCAAAUGUGCAAUGAAAAUGUGACUUGUUAUACAUCACAGGAAGAGGCUAGAAAUUCUGAUGCACAAUUUUGUCAAAAACAUGAAAUAGAAGGAGAAAGAAAAUAUUCGGAUGAAUCGGAAAUCAUUUCAAAAACACAAAUUGAAACAUGUGUCUUUUCUCCGAAUCUUGAAGAAUACAGUUCUAGUUCCGAAUCGGAAGAAGAUAUGGUGACUGUAUUACAUUUUAAAACUCGAAAUAUCCCGACAGGGACAAAUCACUUUUUCCCGGAUGCUCAUGAAAUUCAGUUGGAGGCAACACACACUCAACCCCCAAACGAGACUAUGCAUCCCCAGAAUAAUUUUGAUCCUGUUUCGAUGUGUGAAGUAGAUGGGCAAAUGUCAAACAAUAAUAAAUCUGAAUCAACUUCGGAAACUAAAGGCUUUGUAGUGGAAAGAGACGAACUCUCAUCAAAUCGUGAUGAAUUCAAUCAUCUCUUUAUAAAAGCAAAUGAAAAUAUGAAUUUGCAAGGUAAUUUUGAGCCUAAUUACGUUUGCAUGUUUGAUGGGAAUGCAGAUAUCAAUGAUUCAUAUUUGGAAACACAACAUACGAUAGAUAAAGAUGACGUAAUUUCUUCAAGUAGUAAUAAAGUUCAAUCGGUAAGCAAUGACACUAUAAAUAAAUCAAUUUAUACACCAUCGAGAGAAAUAACGGUUUCUGAUUACAAUUUUGAUCACAAUUGUGUUACAGUGCCUGAAGAAGAUGAGGAAAAGACGAAUGAAAUUUGUGAUUCCUCUUUGCUUACAGGAAACAAGGUAGCGAAAAAGGACGAAUUUCUCUCAAAUCGUCAAAAGGCUAGUGGUAUUCUAAAUGAAUCAGUUGGUGUAUCAACAAGUAAGCCUAAACAUUUUAAUGAUAAUCUCGACCUUAAUUUAGCUUCCCUAUCUGGAGUAGAUGGCACAGAAACAAAGACUGAUAAAUGUGAUUCACUUUUUAAAACACAAGAGAUGGAAGUAAUAUCAAACAAAAUUUCCUCAAAUGCCAAUAAAAUUCAAUUAGAUGCCACUGACAUAGAAAAUGAAUCUGCAAAUGUAAAACUAAGUAAAUCUAUGAAUUAUAAUAAUAAUUUUGGUCAAAAUUGUGGUGCAAUUUCUGGAGUAGAUAAGAAAGAAACUAAGACUGAUAAAUGCGAUUUCUCUUUUCUAAGACAAGGCAUGGUUGUGGGUCCAAACGAACUUUUCUCAAAUGUUAAUGAAAUGCAAUCGAAGGCCAAUGAUAUAGAAAAUGAACCAGUUGAUGUAUUAUUACAAAGUGAUUAUUUUCAUUCUAGUGAUAAUUUUGAUCAUAAUUCUCGUUCCUUUUCUGAAGUAGGUAGAGAUGAAACAAAGACUGAUAAAUGUGAUCCAUCUUUACGAACACUAGACAUGGUUGUGGAUGCAAACGAACUAUCCUUAAAUGUUAAUGAAAUGCAAUCGGAGGCCAAUGACAUAGAAAAUGAACCAGUUGAUGUAUUAUCACAAAGUGAUUCUUUUCAUUCUAAUGAUAAUUUUGAUCAUAAUUCUAGUGCCUUUUCUGAAAUUGGUAGAGAUGAAACAAAGACUGAUAAAUGUGAUCCAUCUUUGCGAACACUAGACAUAGUUGUGAAUGCAAACGAACUUUCCUUAAAUGUUAAUGAAAUGCAAUCGGGGGCCAAUGAUAUAGAAAAUGAUCCAGUUGGUGUAUUAUUACAAAGUGAUUUUAUUCAUUCUAAUGAUAAUUUUGAUCAUAAUUCUAGUGCCUUUUCUGAAGUUGGUAGAGAAGAAACUAAGACUGAUAAAUGUGAUCCAUCUUUAACACUAGACAUGGUAGUGGAUGCAAACGAACUUUCCUUUAAUGUUAAUGAAAUGCAAUCGGGGGCCAAUGACAUAGAAAAUGAACCAGGUAGUGUAUGGCCAGGUGAAACUAUAGCUUCUAACGAUAAUUUUAUUCAUAUCUCUGUUUCAUUAUCAAAAGUUGAUGGGAAAGAAAUUAAGGCUAAUGAGCCUGAUUCAACUUCGGAAAUGACGCAAGAAACAGAAACUGACGAACUUUUUGCGAAUGAGGUAUUAUCAAAAUGCACUGUAAAUGAACCAAUUGGUGCAUCAGCAACUAGGUAUGUAUCACCAACAAAUCUAUAUUCGCACGAUAACUUUGUUUCUACAACAGGAGUAGAUGGUGAAAAGACAGAAAAUGAUAAAUUAAAAGUGCAAUUUGUGAAAAUACCAGAAAACGGUAAUUCUUCUUCCCCAUGUACUGUAAAUGGAGGAGAGAGAAAGACUGGCAAGUCUGAAUUAAUUUUGGAAGAUGUUUCUUCUAAUAGUUAUGAAACUCAUUUAGAGGCGAAUCGAACUAUGUACUUUGAAGAUGAUAUCUAUGAUAAAAACAAACAUUUAUCAUUUAAAAGAGAUGAAAAUUUGUGUCCGAUUGAAAAAUCUGCACAAGCAGUUUCAUACCCCACAUCUCGGUUAAAAACUCAAGAUAAUUUUGGUUCGGAAAAAAUUAUAUAUGAACCCAGUGAAAUGUUCCCUCAUUUACUUUUAAAAACCUUCCAAAAUACUUUCAAAGAAUAUUUUUCUCAAAAUUGGCAAAUAUUUCAGGAACAGCUGCGUAGGUGUACACUUACUGAAAGGCAAAGUAGCGAUAUUUCUUCAAAAAGUGAACAAAAUAUUGUUUCUCAUCCUGAAACUGAUGUUGGAACAUCAAAUUUGCCUGCAAUAAAUUUAAAGGGUGGCAACCAACCAUCAUCAUCCAAACUUCAUGAUAACACAAUGAGUUCAGGGACUACGUAUUCCAAAACAGAAUUCCCCAAUGGAGAUUCGCGUAAUGCCAAAGAAGUCAAAAGCAAGACAUUGUCCGUAGAAAAACAGAUUACACCUUCAAACAACCAAUUGAAUUUAGAUCCGAAUAUUGAGUCUGGUCAUGCUUUUCCUUCUAGUUCACAUGCUGUAAGAUUUUCAGAUAAAUACUGCAUGAAGUUACCCGAAUCUCCAGAAACUUUUUCUAACUUUUUCAUUUGCCCGCGCUGUAUUGAACACUAUGAGAAUUUGCGAAAAAAUGAGACAUCGAGAAAAAUUCGAAAUGUUGUUCAUUUGCUCGAUGGUUCUAGAUUUAUUUGUAAUAGCUUCAGCAAUACGACUUCGAAGGCAAGCAUAAGUAAUGAACAUGGUGCAGACGUAACAGAAAAUAUAUUCGGUGCAAUAAAUGUUGAAAUAGCAUCAUACUUUGAUAAACAAGAGUCAGUGGAAGCUAGUGACGCCUUUUCAAGCGAUAUGAAGCUAAUUAAUCCUAAAUCAGACUCUGUAAAGGGAGAAAUAUAUAUAGAAACAAGUAAGCAAGAGGGUAAAUUUAACGUGAAGAAUUUUUCAUAUGCAAAUAACCCCUCAUCAUUUCUUUGGGAAGAACGAGAUAAGCUGAGAAAGCUAGGAUUGGAAUCAGUUGAAAAUACCAAACAGCAUUCCGUAAAUAAUAGGAGCGUACUUAGUCGGCAGCACAAUCUCAAAAAUAUAAGACUAGAACCUGGUUCUGCUUUAUUUGAUAACGUAGAGUCUGAAAACUCUGGUUCUAUUCCUUUAAAUAACGUAGCUUCUGAAUAUCUUCCAUUAGUUUUGACAGAACGAAGCAAUUCAAAAAAAUUAGAAAUGGACUCGGUUAAAAAUUUCAAUCAGGAUUCUAUGAUGAAUGAAAAGGUAAUAAGUAGACUUCGCGGUUGCAAUGAUAUGAGCCUUAACUUAGAUUCUUCUGCUUUAUUAAAAAAGGGGGGUUCUGAAAAUUCUAUUUCAUUAAACAAGGUAGCUUCUGAUACUCUUCCAUUUCUUUUGACAGAACGAAGCGAGACAAAACAAUUAGGAAUAAACUCAGUUGAAAAUAUCAGUCAGUAUACUUUAAACAGUGAACGGGUAGUUAGUCGACAUUCCGAUUUCAAAAAUAUAAGCAUAGAGCCUGGUUCUGCUUUAUUAAAUAACGGAGGUUCUGAAAACUCCUGUUGUAUUCCACUAAAUGACAUGCCUUCUGAUGAUCACCAUUUUCCAUCACUUCUGACAGAACGAAUCAAGCUAAGAGAGUUUGGAAUGGACUCGGUUGAAAAUACGAAUCUGCAUUCAAUGAAUAAUGAAAAGUUAAUAAGUCGACGUCACGGUUGCAACGAUGCGAGCCAAGACCCUAGUUCUGCUUUAUUCAGAAGCGGAGACUCUGAAAACUCUGGUUCUAUAUCAAUAAAUAACGUAACUUUUGAUACUCUCCAAUUUUCAUUACUUUUGAAAGAACGAAGAAAGUCAUGCGAAUUUGGAAAGGAGUCUGUUGAAAAUAUCAAUCUGAAUUCUAUGAAUAAUGAAAGGGUAAUAAGUCAACAUGACGGUAACAAUGAUUCGAGUCUUAACUCUGGUUCUGCUUUACUGACUAACAUGGUUUCUGAAAAUUUAGAUCCUUCUUUAUUAAAUAACGAAGGUUUUGAAAACCCAGGUUAUAUAACAUUAAAUAACGUAACUUUUGAUGCUCUCCAAUUUCCAUUACUUUUGAAAGAACGAAGCAAAUCAAGCGAUUUUGGAAUGGACUCUGUUGAAAAUAUUAAUCUGAAUUCCGAGAAUAAUGAAAGGGUAGUAAGUCAACAUUGCGGUAACAAUGAUUCGAGCCUUAACUCUGGUUCUGCUCUACCGACUAACACAGAUUCUGAAAACCCGGGUUCUGAUUUAUACGAAGCUUUAGAAAGUUUUGGUAGUGCUUCAUUAAAUAAAACAGCUUCUAAAAAUGAUAUAGAUAUGCAUAGAAAUGCUCCUCUUACAGAUAAUUUAGUCUCAAGAAAAGAUAAUGCAGAUAGAACAUCAUAUGUAGGAAGUCGAUUAAGGUUGAGAAAAACCGUGGCAAAGAGACCUUCAAAAUUUAUGUCGAGAAAAUAUUUUUCUCAUGCUGCCAGCUUAGAAAAAAUAUCUAAUCUUUCAGAAAAAAACGAAUCCUUAUUAGAGGAACGAGACACAUCAGCUAACGAGCCAGGCUUCAGUUUAAGUAGCAAUGCACCUGCUUUUUAUCAAGAAAAAUUUGAGAAACUGAAGAGUUUGACGAGAACAGAUGUGGGAAAUGAAAUCACUGGCGAAGAAAACAGUAGAAAGGAUUUUAUUAAGCUUGGUGGGGCUAUGAAAACGGAGUGCUUUGUUUUUGAUCAAAGUUCUCCUAAGAAUCAAUCUUUUGCUGAAAUCUCAGAGGAAGUAAAAAUGUCAUGUCCGACCAUACGUCCAAGAAGAUCUACCGAACUGGCCGUUCCAUCAUCUGAAUCUUCAAAUUCAAAUAAGUCUCUAAUUCGAAAUGAAGUGGAAGCAUCUGAAAUAUUUGCUGAAGAUAAGGCUUCUUCAAAAAACGAAAUUGUGGAUGCGAUAGACCAAAAGGAAAUGCUGGAAUCCCAUGCAACUAUCGAAAUGAAGUUCAGCUCAAUGUUAACUAAUCAGAUCGUUUCAAAGAAGAGAAACAGCUUGGAGGCAAAUAGUUUAUCAACUCGGAGUUUCACAUCUUUGAACUGGAGGCAAAUGAAAAAUAUAUCAUCAUCUGAUACCGAUUCUGAGAACAGUUGCAGUGACAUUGAGCCAGCCACUGUGGCUAAAUGUACUAUUGAUUCGAUAAAAUUUCGCAACCAGUUUCAUUAUUCCAAAAGUCAGCAACAAAAGGCCACACAAGAAUGUUUGAAUGACACUAAUGGAAAGUGCAAUUCUUCUGAUAUUACGCAAAAGCAUGGACAAGACAAUAAAUGUGUUGAAUUUGUAGGUAACUCUUGUGAAUUCCGUCACGCGGGCAAAUCUAGUUUGUGUUUAAGUUCUGACAAUUUAAAGCUAGAAAUAUUUAACAAUCCAUCUUUUGUGAAUCUGAAAUUAAUUGGUGAAAAAAUCGAAAAUUAUUUGGAAGAUACCAAUGUUGAAUCAGAUGGUGAAAAUUGCAAUUUAGAAUUAUCAGCAUCCGCCAAUGUUUCUAACAAGAACAACAAUCAAGAGGCAACAGAAUCUACUGCGUUAAAAAAAGUAGAGACAAACGGGCAUAACUCGCUCUGUACUGUUAAAAGGAAAGUACUUAAAAAAGGUAAACCUCAUAAAAUGCAGAAAAAACCAGAAACUAAAGUAGAAGUUGGAGAAAUGCAAAACUCAAUAAUGCGUCAAACAAAACCUAAACAUCGUCAUAACCGAAGCACUCCAAAGAAAGGUAUAACGCGAAAGGGAACUGAAACACAUGCAGAACAUCAGUCAGGAAAGGAAGAAAUAUUUUCUAAUUACCAAAGCACAACUUCGUUCCAAAACAACAAAACUCGUUAUACUCCAUCGACUUUGAUGAGAGCUAACUUACCAGACUAUUCUGAUUUGACAGGAAUUGCUAAGCCGAAUACUGUUUACGAAAGUAAAAACCACCAACUGGACGCAAUCGAAACAAAUCCACCUGAUUCUUUCGCAAUCGGAGGAGGGCCAAAUGUUUUAGAUGAGGAAAACAGGGAUUUAGCUGCAGCUAGAGAGAUUUCUAACAGCAUGGAAAGUUUAGUUGACUCACUUAGUAGCUUCCAUUUCUCAGACAGCAGAGAGAUAGGUGCGAUAAAUGAAAAUGACGAAUUCAGUUUUCAAAACAAGAAUUUUAAGAUGACUUUUCAGCCCAAUUCAGAUAUGGACAACUUCAAGUUUUGUUAUGAACGCUCGUUUUCAAAAUCUGAAAUGGAGUUCAAAGUUAAGGAGAAAAAAUUAUUUUUAGAAAUUGGUCAUAACUGAGUUCAUUCAAUCCUGUAUUUUGAAUGUUAUUUUGACUUUUCAUUUUUUUUAUAAGAAUUACGUAGAUAAUUUUCUUUUUUCUUAAACUUUUAUUAUUGUCCCGUAAUAUAUUUCAAAAUAUCUUUAAGAGAUACUACCUUCUCUGCGGUACUUAUAUUUAUAUCAAAUCUUUAAAAAUAAGUAAUUUGCUAGAGUUAUUAAAUUUUUAUGAAAACAAAUAUGAAGUGUUUUAAAAAACUACAAAGAUAUUCCGGGUACUACGAAUAAUUUUAAUUAAGGGAAGAAUCAAAUAAUGAUUUUGUGGCAAUAAGUAAUUCAAGCCAACUGAUUAUUUCAGUAUUACAAGUACUAAUUAUGCGUUAUUCGCCCAUCGGAUAACUUAUUUUUGCUGAUUAAAGUUUCGUUUAAAAAUUCCUAACAUAUUAAGCUAAUUUAAUCAAUUGGUCUCUCAAAUCAUAAUUGAUCUUUUAACCUAUUUCUGUUGUAUAGAUUCCUGUUGUAAUUUUUCUGCUUGCCAAUAAAUUAUUUUUUGAAUACGAUAAAUCCAGUAGGCAAAUUAUUGAGCCAUAAAAAUAUUCAUAAAAUACAAAUCGCGGUGUAACAGGAAAAGCAUGAGAUAGCAAAAUAGCUGCUACUUUUCAUUUUUAAUUUUAAUAUAUUUAAAAAUAAUGCUUUUAAAUUAUCUUUAAUAACCUUUUAAAAGUAAAAUUUCAUAAUUCUAAUUAAAAAGUGAAUGAACAUUUUGAUGUUUUAAAUCUUAAAUUUUCCAUAUUUCGAAAGUAUUUUGAUUUUGUACUUAUUUCUUAUCAUCAAUGCUUAAUUACAUUUUUAGUAUAUAUAUUUUUUGGACCUAAUUUCCCUUUUCCUGGAUUUUAUAUCUUCUCAUUUAUUCCCUGUCUCUGUCACAAGUAUAAAUAUCAGUCAUUCACAGAAGUUGUGACGUUUUUGUCAGGGAUAAGAAAAAAAAUCACCUGAUAAUUUCAUGUAAAGGCAUUUUAUACAGCGAAAUCAGUAUCAAUUAUGCAUUUCCAACCAUAUAAUACAAGCUUGCAAAUUCUGCGUUUUUUAAGGAACUGGCAACAAAAACAGUCUAUGUGGUAUUAACAUGGUUUCGAAACUGUUGUUCAUACAAAUGACUAAAUACAUAUGAUAUUCGAGUAGUGUAUGAAAAUGUGUAAAAUUUCCCAACCAACGUAUUAAUAAUCCGUAUGGUAUCAUUCUUCUUAACCCUUUUUCACUGAAACUUCAUCAAAUAAUUUUCUGAAUAUGAAUGAAAAAUUUUUUUUAAAACUACUUCUUCUUAUUUUGUAUUUUAGUUCAAAUGUAACUCCAAUUAUCUAAAAGAUAUUUUUUAGUAAGACUGUUUUUUAUAAUUUUUGGCUUUUAAUUAGAGAGCCAGAAAAAAAUUACAUUAAAGGGACACCGGUGUCCCAUCUGAGUCAAAGGGUCAAGAUCUGACCACUGGGGCGAGUGGCGAUAAUUAUGCCAGUUUUAGCGUUUCAAUGUAUUUAAUACAAGCUCUGGUACGCCAAAAACGAAUCGAAACAUACUCUUCUGGGUACCUGAUGGUUUGUUUAGUGUUACGUUAAUUGUAAAUUUUUUUUCCAAUGUUUUCUGUACAGAGUUGGCAUGCAUUAGAAUAAAAAAUUGAUUUAUCUUAAAACAUGGCCAAGGUACGUACGCACUUAGAAAAAACGCUUAGUAAUUUUGGGAUAAAAUUUUUUAUUUUAUUGUGUUUGUAACUAUUAUAAUAUAAUAACUCUAUUUAAAUAAAUUUACAUCCAAAAAUGAAAAAGAUUUAAAAUUUUAAUUCACAAUUGAAAGAUAAGCUUACUUAUAUCUGUUUUAUUUCAAAAUUGAUGUCAGUUUUUCAGGUGUUUAGAAAACCAUUGGGCCACAAAACAUUUAUUUCUGUAAUAGUGUUAAAUUUUUCUUACCCGUAAGAAUGAGUAAGUCUGAAAUAAUGUUCUGUAAUUACUAUUCUUAACCUAAAACAUUCAUUUGUAUUAUGAUGUUUUGGUGAUUUUUUUUACUUUAAAUUUGGUAAUGAUGUGUUCUUCAUCUUAGAAAAAAAGUUUUUUAUUUCAUUUUUUUCCCAGUAUGAUCCAGUGUUUUGU